AUGACCGGCAUCGACAUCUUCGCCCAGGGCGCCUGGGACGAUCGCGCCUUGGUCAAGGGCUGGAAUGCUCAGGUGAACGAGUACAAGAAGUAUCACAGCCUGCAAAAGAGGGACAAGAAGGUUCCCCUCAGCGAGAUGCUUACUGCCGCCGAGAUCUUCGAUCUAGCUGAUCUUGCCGAGCCGGAGGAGCUCGAGGAGAUGGGCAUCAGCGCCCAUGCGCAGUCUCGCGCCAAGCUAGAACACGAGUCCCAGGGCGCCCACACGGCGGACGAUGGUACCGCCUACCAGCCUCCGAUGGCCAACCACGCCAGUGACGCCGCUGCGCCUUCCGAGGAGACGGACGCUGCUGCCCUCCAGCUGAUGCAGGAGGCCGAGAUGCAGAAUGUCGCCCAGCCGCCGUCGGCCCCUCCCAUGCCGGGCACUGCCCACGCCACCGCGCCUGGUCAGGGAGACGCCUUGAAGAACAUGCAGAUGGCGUUUUACUACGCCGGCUACUAUCAGCACCAGUACGAGACUCAGCUGCAGUCUGCCCAGAAGUCCGGUUGA